GAGGCAUAAGGGACAGGGCAGAGGAUGAGGACAACCAGAUGAGGAACGGAGGCCUAAGGGACAGGGCAGAGGAGGAGUACCACCAGGUGAGGAACGGAGGCCUAGGGGACAGGGCAGAGGAUGAGGACCACCAGGUGAGGAACGGAGGCCUCAGUGACAGGGCAGAGGAUGAGGACAACCAGGUGAGGAACGGAGGCCUAGGGGACAGGGCAGAGGAUGAGGACAACCAGGUGAGGAACAGAGGCCUAAGGGACAGGCGUGAGGAUGAGGACAACCAGGUGAGGAACAGAGGCCUAAGGGACAGGCGUGAGGAUGAGGACAACCAGGUGAGGAACAGAGGCCUAAGGGACAGGCGUGAGGAUGAGGACAACCAGGUGAGGAACGGAGGCCUAAGGGACAGGGCAGAGGAUGAGGACAACCAGGUGAGGAACGGAGGCCUAGGGGACAGGGCAGAGGAUGAGGACAACCAGGUGAGGAACAGAGGCCUAAGGGACAGGCAUGAGGAGGCAAACCAGAUGAGGAACAGAGGCCUAAGGGACAGGGCAGAGGAUGAGGAAAACCAGGUGAGGAAUGGAGGCCUCAGGGACAGGGCAGAGGAUGAGGACAACUAGGUGAGGAACGGAGGCCUAGGGGACAGGGCAGAGGAUGAGGACAACCAGGUGAGGAACAGAGGCCUAAGGGACAGGCGUGAGGAUGAGGACAACCAGGUGAGGAACAGAGGCCUAAGGGACAGGCGUGAGGAUGAGGACAACCAGGUGAGGAACGGAGGCCUAAGGGACAGGGCAGAGGAUGAGGACAACCAGGACAAUGACCCAACACACCUCCAGGCUGUGUAAGGGCUAUUCGACCAAGAAGGAGAGUGAUGGUGCUGCAUCAGAUGACAUAGCAUCCACAAGCUGUCAUCAAGGCAAAGGGUGGCUACUUUGAAGAAUCUCAAAUAUAUUUUAAUUUAACACUUUUUUUGGUUACUACAUGAUUCUAUAUGUGUUAUUUUAUAGAUUUGAUGACUUCACUAUUAUUCUACAAUGUAGAAAAUAUUAAAAAUGAAGAAAAACCCUUGAAUGAGUAGGUGUGUCCAAGCCUUUGACUGGUACUGUAUAUUGAAGAUCUAAGGAAAGUGCUGAGAUAAACCCUUUGAAAAGUCAGUCAUUGUUUUCCCUCCACUCCGCUCACAGAUAGGAAUGCAAUAUUAUGAUUUGAGUUUGUGCCUACUGCCUAGAUGUUCUGUAUAAAGUGCUGAAUAAAGUCAAAAACCCAUUCAUGCAGAUAUAAGAACAUCAAUCAGCCUUUUAAGUAGGAGUUUUAGUCUCAGUCAGUUACCUUGUGGAAAAAUAGGAUUUAUUUAUUGUUGUUCAGGAGGAAAAGUAGAGUACUUUUGCUCAGCCUUUACAUUUGUGCCAAAAAUGCAGACCUUGUGUGUCAUUAUACAGAUAUAACUACAUUCCAUAUGUUGUUGUUGUUGAUGUCCAUAUUUUGCAUGAUAAAAUCCCGGCCAUACAUUUACUUGAUCUUCCUUAAAAUGUAGAACCCCCAACAGUUCUAGAACCAGUAACAGUUCUUGAGCUACAAACUGUUCUAGAGCUACAAACUGUUCUAGAGCUACCAACAGUUCUAGAACUACAAAUUGUUAUUGAACUACCAACAGUUCUAGAGCUACAAAUUAUUCUAGAGCUACCAACAGUUCUAGAACUACAAACUGUUCUUGAGCUACCAACAGUUCUAGAGCUACAAAUUGUUCUAGAGCUACAAACUGUUCUAGAGCUAUCAAAAGUUCUACAGCUACAAACUGUUCUAGAGCUACCAACAGUUCUAGAGCCAUAAACAGUUAUAGUUACAAACUGUUCUAGAGCUACAGUACCACUCGUUCAAGAACUCCCAACCAUUCUAGAACUACCAACCAUUCUAGAAAGAUUUCCUUCUAGCCAACAGAGGCAAUAGAAAGGUACAUACUUCACAUUAUGAUUGUUUUAUUGUUUGCAGAGAGAAAAUGGCAAAAUGACAAACCAUAAGCUUCCCGAAAUGUUAUUUAUCUUUCUAUGCGUUAUAUACUGAUAUGCUUCUGGUAUUCAUUUGUUUCUCAUGUUAAUUUUAAAAACAUGGUUUUAUGUCACAUGACCACUGACUUUUGUAAAUACAAUGAAUCAAUUGUGAAAUGUAUUAAAAUAUUUAAAAACUUGAAA